AUGCUGUACUCCCUGCAGCCGUACCUCAAGUACUUUGCCCUGUUAGGCCUCGUGCCUUGGAGCGAGAAAUGUGUCCGGUAUCAGUUUCUGCAGAGGAUUUACUCCGUUUUCCUGAUACUAAUCAAUGUGGUCACUUUCAUGGCUUCUAUUGCAAUGUGGUCUACGGACGAACAGUUACUCUCGCUGAUGGUCAACGUGAUUGUGUUUUUGGCUAAGAUCGUGGCAAUGACCGUUAUCCUGCUGCAGAUGAUGGUCCAAUACGACGACUAUUUCCAGUUUUGCAUGGAGCUCAAGUGCCUGGGCCUGCGGCUGCAGGGUGAGCUGAAGAUGCAGUUGGGCGGACUUAGCGGGCAGUGCUACACAAAGAUUCUGGGCCUCGGUGCAAUCUGCUUGGUGGGAGUACUACCCUUGGUAUAUGUCUCCUUAAAAGUGGGCCUGGUGUUCUUCUGGUCCUCGCUCUUGCCCAUACUAGUCAUUCGGAUGCAGUGUGUCCUGUUGCUGCUCUACGUGGACCUGCUGGGCCAUCAUGUGAAGCUUCUGGGCAAACGGCUGCAGGACGUGCUCACCUGCCACAAGAUGGAUGCCAACUGCGUCCUGGACGGUAACUGCAAGCAGCUCUGCUCCCUGGAGUUCCUCUUGGAGCUAAAGCAGAGCCACAUGGAGCUCUACCAGCUGUUCACUCACUUCAACGGCCUCUUCGGCUGGAGCAUCCUCAGCAUCUACGUGGUUCUAUUCCUGGACAGCACAAUCAACAUUUACUGGACCCAGCAAGUUCUCGCUGAGGUCUACGACUACACGUAUCUAUUUGCUACAAUUUCGGUUUUUAUUCCGACAUUCGCUAUUAUUGUUGCCUUUUGUCGUUGCGGAGAGUUCUGCAGGAUGCAGAACAUGCUUCUCGGUAGCUAUGUCAGGGGAUUGACCUGCCAUCCGGCUCCCCAGAGGGAACCGGCAUAUAAUGACCUACUAAUGGAGUUUACCUUGCAAGUUGAACACAAUGUUUUGGUCAUCAAUGCCGAAGGCUUCAUGAACAUUGAUAACUCGCUACUAAUGUCGAUAUUGGCUGCUAAAGUAACGUAUCUAAUUGUGCUAAUGCAGUUUAGUUCUUUGUAG